UCUCCCCACCCUCUAACCCUGCCUCUCCACUCACAACUUCCGUGACUAUCUGCUCAAUUAUCUCUCGCUUCUGGGACCAGCUAACAAGCUUUUGUGGUUAACUCCUGGUUGCCCGCCAACCAUGAGCACCCAGAGCCGCCAAAAGUAUACCUCUGGCAUGGAGGCCGCUAUUGACCGCCUGAUCAACAUGCAUCUGCAGGCCUCCUACACCUACCUCUCUCUGAGCUUCUAUUUCGAAGGCGAUGAAAUGGCUUUCAAGGGCAUGGGCCACUUCUUUCACAAGCUGGCUGAAGAGAAAUGCGAGGGUGCCAAGCUUCUUUUGAUGCAGAACCAGCGCAGCAGCUGCGGCCUCUUCCAAAAUGAGCAGAAGCUGCUCGGAGAUGAGUGGAGUGGCAGCCUGGCCACCAUGGAAGCCGCCCUGGCCUUGGAGAAGAACCUGAACCAGGCCUUUUUGGAUCUGCAUGCCCUAGGUUCUGCCAACACAGAUCCCAAUCUCUGUGAUUUUCUGGAAAAGCACUUCCUAGACCGAGAGGUGAAACUCAUCAAGAAGAUGGGCAACUACUUGACCAACCUCUGCAGGCUGGCCAGCCGCCAGGCCGGGCUGGUGGAGUAUCUCUUCAGAAGGCUCAAGGACGACUGGGAGCUUCCAGAGCCCAGCAACCUUUGAGGUGCCCCUCUGCAUUCUUCUGGCUUUGGGAUUUCGGCCUGAGCUUCUCAACAUCCAGAAGUACUCACCAAGCCAUGGACCAAAUGGAAACAAUAAAAGAGAAAUGCAGUAUGAGCCCUGUGAAAUUCAUCCUUGCAUCUCCCAUUUGGUGGCUACAGAGAACGCUGGCAGUUACAUCACGUGCUGACCUCUUUAUGAAGCCUCUCAAGAGAAAUUUUGUUCUGGUCUUAGUAUUAGGAAUACUAGCACUUCACUUGGAUAAUUGGUUUGUUUUUGUUUUACAGACACUAGAUGGCGUCUCACCAUGUUGCCCAGGCUACAUGCAAACUCCUGGGCUCAAGCGAUCCUCCUGCCUCAGCCUCCAAAAGCAGCUGGGACUACAGGAAUGUGCCACCAUAACUGUGCUCAAACUUUUUCAAUAACAGUGAUUCUGCAAGAGAGUCCACAAAAUGGACAAGAAUGGCCUUGAAGGAAAUACAGAUCUCAGAAGGGUAUUUUUAACAGAAAUGCCCUUGAAGGAAGCACAUGUCAUUCCUGGGAAAUUUAUGGUUGGCUUCACCACCAGCCUGCUUUAUUCAUUGUGGCUCCCCCUCUUUGCCCCUCCUAAGCCAUUGCUCUGCCUGGUUUCAAGCACGGACUCAGUCAACACUGGGUUCUGAAGAUUUUACUGGGGACGAGGAAGUCCAUGCAUCAACCAUACGCUUCAUUCCAGGAAUGGCCCCCUGAUAUUUCAUGUCUUGAGGUUAGUCAGGUCACUAAAAGGUAAGAACAAUGCCUAUAAACCAAUAACCCAGCCUGAUGUUCUGGAAUUAAGUCACAAUGAGGGACACUUGGACUACUAUGUGCCGAACACCUGUUCUAAGCCAUUCUCAACAUUCCUGAUUAUAAAUGCAACCUCCUAGUGAUUCUGGUUUUACAUCUAUGGGACUGUGUGAUCACAAGAGCAAAAAAGCUCUCAUGUAUCUGAAGACCAGGGUGGCCUAUAAACCUAGAACUAGCUCAGGACAAAGGAGAGAUCUCACCAGCCCAAAGAAAGCACCAGAAGGUCAAAUAGCUGGGAAAACCUGGGCAGGGGAGGCCCUCUCCAGAAAAAGUAGGCUGCUGGACCACACAGCCACAGAGACACAAUGAGAAAACAGACAAGCGCCCUACUCAAGAUCACAAGGACAACAGUUUUUCACUGAGAACUGGGCUAGGAAUAGGAAAAUUGGCAAUAGGCCAGUUGUCCCUAGAAUAAAUCAGGUAAAUUCUGCUCCAGAGAGGGCAGAGCUGGUGGUGCUGUUCUUCAGGGCAGCACAGCCUCUUUCUACCACACCUUACUCAGCCAGGGCCAAGUUUGUAGACUGCAGCUGCUGGGUCUCCCGGCAGAUGUUCUGCUCCACUGUGCCACACUCAGCUACGAACGUCUGACCUUUUUUUUUUUUUUUUUUUUUUACCAAACCUUUCUUUUUUGAUCUAUUGUCUUUGAAAUUUUCUGGCAGGAUCAGUGUGUCGAUCUCUUCCAAGAUCUUCAUAAACUGUUUGGUUGUGGCUUUUCCUCUCCUAUCAAGUUUGCAGAGAGCUUCAGUUGGCAAAUCCUUGGCCAGAAAACCUUGCUGGAGUCCAGUAAGCUGUUUAUUCAACUCUUAAAGUUCGUCAGCUUUCUUCUCCACAGGCUUCACCAAAUCUUUCAAUUUCUCCAGUUCAACCUCUUCCUCUGGACUGUUCUUUUUCCCAAUUAACAUGACUUGGCAACCAUUUUGUAUUCCACAUGCUGACAAAGGUAUCUCCAUUUCCUUCAGAGAUGUUCCCUUAAAUAUGAGUUUCUGAAAAGACAGUGGAACCCCUGUGGCCUCUCAGGGGAUGGAACUGGAGACUAUUAUUCUAAGUGAAGUAACUCAGGAAUGGAAAACCAAGCAUUGUCUGUUCUCACUCAUAAAUGGGAGCUAAGCUAUGAGGAUGCAAAGGCAUAAGAAUGAUAGAAUGGACUUUGGGGACACAGGGGAAAGGGUGGGAGGGGGUGAGGGAUAAAAGACUGCAAAUUGGGUUCAGUGUAUACUACUCUGGUGAUAGGUGCACCAAAAUCUCACAAAUUACUACUAAAGAACUUCCUUGUGUAACCAAAUACCACCUGUUCCCUAAAAACCUAUGGAAUUAAAAAAAAAUUUCCCCAUUGCUUGUUUUUCUCAGGUUUGUCAAAGAUCAGAUAGUUGUAGAUAUGCGGCGUUAUUUCUGAGGGCUCCGUUCUGUUCCAUUGAUCUAUAUCUCUGUUUUGGUACCAGUACCAUGCUGUUUUGGUUACUGUAGCCUUGUAGUAUAGUUUGAAGUCAGGUAGUGUGAUGCCUCCAGCUUUGUUCUUUUGGCUUAGGAUUGACUUGGCAAUGCGGGAUCUUUUUUGGUUCCAUAUGAAAUGUCCAACAGUGAUAGACUGGAUUAAGAAAAUGUGGCACAUAUACACCAUGGAAUACUAUGCAGCCAUAAAAAAUGAUGAGUUCAUGUCCUUUGUAGGGACAUGGAUGAAAUUGGAAAUCAUCAUUCUCAGUAAACUAUCGCAAGAACAAAAAACCAAACACUGCAUAUUCUCACUCAUAGGUGGGAACUGAACAAUGAG